GUUCAAUGUCACUGGGUCAACUAUGUCAGUUCGGAAAAAGACUAUGUCAAAUCAUUCUGCGAACAGAAAACCAGAACUACUUUACAAACGUUCGUCGUCGUCGGAGGAAGAUUUCGACGGAGUCAGCCAAAUUUCUGCAAAAUCAUCACAGUACUCCGGGAUUUCGGGGACUCGCGAAAAAAGAAAAAACUGCGCACAAGGUCGACAACAAGAAAAAUCUUCAGAACACGGAGAAUGUUUAGCUGAAUACGAAAAGCAGAUUAUGCAAAAAAUCAUGACGGUGAAAGCGGAAGUAGAAAAUAUCGAGAAGGAAAUCACAUCGUUGGAGGUUGGGGAGUUGAAAACAGAGUUCCGGAAAUUGGAAGAAAUGCUGAUGCAGAAAACGCUAGUGUUGGACGAUAUCGACGUGAAGUCUAUAGAGACGUUGAGGGAAAUGAGGAAGAAAGCUAUAUUGUACGUACAGUCUUGCUUUCGUUUGAUGGAUACCAGGCUGAAAUCAGUGGAUAAAUAA